CUGCAGCUGCUUCUAUUUAUUGCAUAAACGAUUUAAGACAAGUGAGAUUAAAUCCAUAUUCCAACUUUAUGCUCGUAGAUAUUGGAGGUGGUUCAAUAUUAAUUGCAAUAUAUAAACUUUCUGCUGAUGGAAAACCAAAUGAAUUAAUGGAAUAUUCUAGUAAUUUAUGUGGUAGUGCUUAUAUCGAUAAAGAAUUUAUACGAUAUCUUUGUGAAAAUUUUGAUUUAUAUGAUGCUUUACAAAGAUUACAAACUAAUAAUUAUGAUCAAUUACAAUAUCUUGCUCAAGAAUUUUGUCAAAAAGCUAAAUUUUCUUUUACUGGUGAUCCUUCAAAUUUUAAACCUAUAAGUAUAGAUUUGGAAGAUACUUGUCCUGCUAUAUUAAAAUAUGUUACUGGUGAUGUUAGAGAUAAUAUGAUAGAUGCUGAAUGGAUAAUUGAAUUAGCUUUCGAAGAUGUUAAAGCAAUGUUUGAUCCUGUAAUUCAAAGAAUUAAUUCUCAUAUAGGAAAUCAUUUAGUAACUUCAAAAAAUAAGUGUGAUGCUAUGUUUCUUGUUGGUGGAGGUAGUGAAAAUCUGUAUUUACAAGGACAAAUUAAAUUAGCUUUUGGUCAAUAUUUUACAUUCAUUGAAAGUCCUAAACAACCAAUUACUGCUAUAGUUCGUGGUGCUGUACAAUAUGAGAUAGAAAAGACUAAAAAUAUACCACGUGUUGUACCUUCUAUGUACGAAUUAAAUAAUUUGAAUAGUAUGAAAAACUUUCAAAAUUCAAGUAUCGGUAAAUCACAUGGAUCUUUACAUAGUAUAUCACCUGGAUCUGUACAUAGUAUGCCACCUGGAUCUUUACAUAAUAUACCACCUGGAUCUUUACAGUAUGAACCUGGAUCUUUACAAUAUCAACCUGUUAAGAGUGCGAUUAUUCCAAAUGAAAAUGUACAUAAUGGGUUAGAGAACAAGAUGGACGCGUUACUCAUACAAGAUUGGAAUCCUUUUACUAAUCCAUUUAAAUUAGGUUCAAGAACAUUAAGAUAUACUUAUGGUGUUCAAGUUGUAAAGAAAUGGAAGAAAGGAGAUCCACCUGAGCGUAAAACUCCAAAUGGCUUAAUGAAUAUUUUUUAUCCUUUAAUAAAAGCCAAUACUAUUGUUAAGGUUGAUCAAGCAGUUGGAUAUGUUGCAAGGCCAUCUGAUCCACAACAAAAGGAUAUGACAUUUAAUAUUUACGUCUCUCAAGAAAUAAACCCGAAAUAUUGUGAUGAACGAGGAAUGAGACAUUUUGGAACUCUUAGAGUUGAUCUUUCAGAUAUGCACCUUGGAAAAAAACGACUCAUAGAAUUUUCAUUAGUUUUUGGCAUGUCAGAAGUGAAAGCUGAAGCAAAGAAUAAAAAGACUGGAAUGGUUUAUCGAGCUACAAUGAAAUCAUGA